AUGAGCGAAAGUGGAGAGUCUCCUGGCACGGAGUCCUCCGCGCUGCCAUGGCGCGAUAAAGAUCCACCGCCAGGUUUUGACGGCGACGUCGAGAAGUUUGAGGGCUACCUGCGGGAAUUGAAGAUGUGGCGGCAUGAGACCGAUGUUCCGGCCAAGAAGCACGCCGUGAAGAUGCUUCGCGCCCUCAGCGGCCCAGCCAAGGCCGUUUGUCAAGAGCUGGAAGUGGAGACCCUCCUAACGGAGGCCGGCGCGGAGGCCAUAGUCAACAAGCUGAAGGAGUACUACCAGCCGCAUCUUGAGACUGCAAUGCCACGCGCUUUCGAGCGUGCUGUGUAUGGUGAGGCCCGACGACCGAAGGAGACCUUCGGAGAGUUCAUCGUUCGUCAAGAUGCCCUGUUCCAUGAGCUGCGAGAGGAAGGCGUGCCGCUGGAUGAAACGGUUCGGGGCUAUGUCAUGUUUCGCCAGGCCAACCUUAGUCAGACCCAAGAAGAUCAGGUGACAACGUGGACUCAAGGCAAAUUCGAUCGACCGGCCGUGCUAGCUGCUCUUCGGAAGCUGGAGAAGGUCCAGCGUGAGCGUGGUGGUAAGCACUAUCUCACGGUCGAUGAGGACACCCUUGAAGGUUAUGACUCAGAGGACGACGGCAACUACAUCUACCUGGGUGAUGCAGACCUUGAGCAGGUGUAUGAGGAGGAAGAGCUGACAGAAGCACUAGCGACCUACCAGCAGGUGCGGCAGGCGAUUCGUGAACAGAAGAACGGCAGGGGCUAUUUUCAGCCCAAGGGCAUUGGCAAGAGCUCGACUGGACGCUUUGGGAAGGGAGCAAAAGGCAGUCAGAUGCAGGGCAUCAAGUUUGGUGGAAAAGGCACUCGGGUGCACAUUGACGUCCUGAAGCUCCGCACGAAGUGCGCUCGCUGUGGACAAAUUGGCCAUUGGGCCAGGGAAUGUGUGAAUGAGCCGGACGCGAAGGGGAAAAACCGUGCGUCCUCUGCCUCGGAUGGUGCAAGCCCCAAGUCAGGUUUCUGCGAGACCGGUCUUACGGAAGAUCCAUCGCCUUCAAGCACCUAUCAGGUCUUUGAAGCAGAGUAUAGCUCUACACCGUCGUUUUCGGGCAUCACCACUAGUGGUUCCAUGGGGAUCAUCGACACUGCAGCACAGGGUGGUCUCAUUGGUCUUCCUGCCCUUCGUCGGUUAGAGGAGUCACUCAAGAACCAUGGUCUUCAAGUGGUAUGGACUGGUAAGAAGGCCCAGGCAAAGGGAAUUGGCGGAGACGCCAAGGUCUGUGGGGUGGUCGAGAUUCCAGUCGGCAUCGGACACGUCAACGGCUUGAUUGAGGCCACUGUGGUCGAAGACGAAGUGCCAUUCCUCCUCUCCAUCCAGUUCCUCAAACAGGUGGGGGCAAUAGUGGAUUUGCAGAGCAGUGCACUGGUUCUCACUCAGUAUGGCAAGAGCAGCACUAUUCAUCAUUUGCAUUCAGGACAUGUUGCUGUGCAAGUUUUGGAUUUUCAUGAGGAGGGUUGGCAGUUGCCGGAUUUGGCCGUUGAGCGCACUCGCAAAGAAGCAUCGUUUCGUGUUUUCACAGCCACGAUUUCUCAGAACGAAGAAUGGGAGAAAGUGUCCAUGAGCGAUCCUCGAAAGGCCGAGCGAGCUGUCCGCAAUUGGCGGGUGAUCAUGGAGCACGUGGCCGACCUCAUGGACCUGGCUCGCGUUCAGAUCAGGCUCGAAGACUGGCAUCCAGAUGGAUUUGUGCAUGGCUCGCCACAGUGCUCUUCGUUUUCCCGGCCGGCGUCGGGAUCCGAGCCUUUCUCGUGCAUGGACGGAGCCACCCAAUUGCAGAUCACCAAAGCAUCCAUCUAUGCCGAGCUGAUCCAACUCGGGGAGUAUCUCGGCAAGAGGAAGUGCAAGGAAGCUCCGACAAGCCACAUCAAGGCAUGUGGGCAUCCCAUGGCGGCAUUGGCGGGUGCAGGCAAUCAAGCCCAGAGAGAGGCGUGGUGCCGCAAGUGUCAUGCACGCUGGGGAGUGGAUGCUCGGGUGAUGGACGACAUUGCCAACAAGAAGAAGGUGAUCCACGUGAACGGCAAGACGUUCACAAUGGGAGCCAAGUCCACGAUGACCCGAACGGAGACUCCACCAAGAACCCCAGUGCGGACGCCAUCAGCGAAGAAGGCAAGCAAGUGGCCAAUGACACCGGGAUCUCCAUUGACUCCUCCAUGGAAUGCCGAGCAGCUGAGCACUCCGAGGACAACCACUAUGGAAUGCCAUUGCAAAGCUCCAGCUGUGCAGCUGAUUGUGAAAAAGGAGGGUCCGACACAAGGCCGCCUGUUCUGGAAGUGCGCCAAAAGGGUGUGCAAUUUCUUCGAGUGGGAUCCCCAAGAAACUCAGGCUCUUCAGCGGAAGCUGUUGCAGGAGCAGGAGGAUGCGGAGGUGCGCCGCUGGGAGGAGCAAGAGGAGGCCGAGAGAAAGCAGAUGGUCCAACAGACUAUGCUGAUGGCCGAACACCGACACCAGGAGAUCAUGGAGGCGGCCAGUGCACAACACGCCUUGGAGGUGGAGACUCUCAAGAACCAGCUGCUAUGGAUGUCUGCGGUGGCAGGCGAGGAACGCAUGGAGGAGGUGUUCAAGAGCCCCGUCCUGCAGCAAGAGAUGAUGAGCAAGGCAAUGGCAAUGAAAGAGGAGCUUCAAAGUCAGGAGGCCCAAGCUCAGAUGGCGAUGGAACAGGUCCAGGGCUACCCCGGGAGUCAGACAAGCUCCCGACAGUGA